AUGCAAAUCAUCAGCUAUGAGGAAAUUUUACAAAUCGAAGCAGAAGUAUUGGCCCCUACUUUCCCAGAUCUAAUACAUCCUACAACUUUCCCAGAGGCCGCCUCACUUGCUUCUCAAAGACAGCAAUACGACUUGGAAAUGGCUCAGUUAGUUGAGCAGACCCAAAAAAUGGUCCUUUUGACCGAGAACAGGCUGAUACUGGCCAUCCUGGCCCUUUUCAACGAAAUUAACUGGACCACCCUGGACCCAAGGUUACUAUCGUUGGCUAAAGCCAAGAUUACCGAGGGUGACCAGUGGCUCAAAGCACGAGCCGAGGAGACACUUCGGGAUGCAGACUCAGGCAGCCCCGAGCACAUAUUGACCCAAGGGAUGUCCAUUAUAGCCAACGGCCAGAUUCAUAUUCGAACGGUAGAGGAUCUCAUACGAGAAUGUCAGGAUCAUUAA